CUGGUGUUAAAAUUUAAAUCAACUUUUUUCAGAAAUAAUAAUUGGUGAAAAUGGCGUUGUUCGGACAGUCCUCCUUCGUAGGUGGGGGAUCAACUUCUUUUGGAACUACAGCAGCUUCUGCAUCAAACCCAAAUAAGGAUUAUGAAAUCCAGAAUCCAUCAGAUGAUUCUAUUUCAAGUCUCGCUUUCUCUCCGACAGCAAACUUUCUCGUCUCAGGAGCUUGGGAUAACAACGUGCGCUGUUGGGAGAUUGAUAAUACUGGUAAAUCUAUCCCAAAAGCCCAGCAGACUAUGGCCGGACCUAUCCUUGAUUGCUGCUGGAGCGAUGAUGGUUCUAAGGUGUUUAUGGCUUCAUGUGAUAAACAAGUUAAAUGCUGGGACCUAGGCAGUAAUCAAGCAGUUCAGGUUGCAGAACACCAGGCCCCCGUGAGAGCAGUAAGAUGGGUUAAAGCAAGCAACUACACAGCACUGAUGACCUGCAGCUGGGACAAAACCUUGAAGUUCUGGGACACGAGGUCCCCGAACCCAAUGCUAAGUAUUGAUCUCCCGGAGCGGGCCUACUGCGCCGACGUGGACUAUCCCAUGGCUGUUGUUGGAACGGCUGGACGGGGUAUUAUCAUCUACCAGCUAGACGGUCAACCCAAGGAGUUUAAGAAGGUUGAAUCCCCACUCAAGUACCAGCACAGAUGUGUCUCAAUAUAUAAGGAUAAAAAUCAGACCCCUACAGGGUUUGCUCUGGGUAGUGUUGAAGGUAGGGUUGCUAUACAGUAUGUACAAGCUGUUAAUCCCAAGGAUAACUUCACCUUCAAGUGUCAUAGAAGUAAUGGCGCUGUCAACGGAUUCCAGGAUAUAUUUGCCGUUAACGAUAUUGCGUUCCAUCCUGUCCAUGGAACCUUGGCGACGGUCGGGUCAGACGGACGAUUCUCAUUCUGGGACAAGGACGCACGUACGAAGUUGAAGACGUCUGAGCAGUGCGAGCAGUCGAUCACGAAGUGUGCGUUUAACAAGGACGGACAAAUAUUCGCGUAUGCUGUAUCCUACGACUGGAGCAAGGGUCAUGAGUAUCAUAACACACAGAAGAAGAAUUAUAUCUUCCUACGAUCAUGUUUCGAGGAUAUGAAGCCAAGACAGAAAACUUAAACGACCUCCUCCCAUACAACUCUCCUGAACCGUAUUUUCUAAGAAAUUAUGGAUUAAAUGUCCCGAUGAUGUGAUUACCUGUAUUUUCAAUGCCCUUAUGUCGACAACAUUUUUUUCUCUUUUUUCUAAACCAUCAUAAAAGCUUUUAUGUUUCAGA